AUGCUUGCCAAUCCUCGUUUCUGUUCACUCUUGAUUCAUCAAGCUGGUCUCAUACAAUCCAGAUCCAGAUGUCUCAAAAUACUACCUAGCCCUCGUCUCCUUAAUCAAAUCACGAGACUAGCCUCCACAUCUACUACAAAGCUAUCUAAGAUUCUUGAAUCCUCUAUAGUAAAUAGCGGUACCGCUUCUCAAAUUACCGUUCCUAGGAUUAUUUACAGCACGUCAUGGCACAAGGAAAAAACCGCAGAUUUAGUUUACCAAGCUAUAAGGGCUGGAUAUAGGGGUGUAGAAACAGGGGCCGAACCGCUUAGGUAUGAUGAAAAGGCUGUCGGAGAAGGAAUUAGGAGGGCGAUUGAAGAGAGGAUGGUGGAGAGAAAAGAGCUUUAUAUACAAACUACAUUCGCACCACUCCAAGGUCAAAAUCUUCAUUUGCUUCCAGUUAGUGAACAAGGAGGGCAAGCCUUAAAUCAAGCGUUAGAAACAAUUCCAUAUUCCAUGGAUGCAUCUGUAUCUCAACAAAUCCAUAGCUCUAUUGCUUCAUCGCUUAAAAAUCUCAAGACAUCAGAAGAUGAUAAGGAUAGUUAUAUUGAUUGUUUAAUACUAAGUUCACCAUACUCUACGGCAGCAGACACUGAAGAAGCGUGGGAUGUAUUGUCAACUUAUGUUCCACAUUCCAUAAGGAGCUUGGGAAUUGCGAAUAAGAGAUUGAAGAGCAUAGGCGAGGAUGAUAUUGGACAAGAUCAAGAGCAACAUGAUGUCUCGGAUCAAAAUGAAUCCAAGAAAAAUGAGGAAAAGAUCCUUCCAUCAGUAUACACCAACCGCUACCAAAAUCACAAGGGAAAAGAUGUCGGAUUCCAUAAUUUCCAAUCUUCAAAAACAGAUAUGGUCUUCCAAUCUUUCUGGACCACAGAAGUAAUGCCUCAAGUAGCCAAUGGCCCACUAGCUUUUGAAAUUUGCGCUAUACUCGAUGAUCUCGGAUAUCCUCAAGGAGAAAGCAGGAAAUUGGCAAUAUAUGGAUUAUUAUUGGCAUUAAGAGAACAUAGGAUUACAAUAUUGGAUGGAAGAACAGAUGCGAAGAAAAUGAAAACUGAUGUAAGAGCGCUAAAGGCGUUGGAGAAAUGGAGUAUCAAGAAAGGAAAGCAGAGAUGGGGGGAGGUGGAGAGGGCGGCGAAGCGACUUUUUGAGAAUAUAGGCUGGGAUGUAGAUGGGAGGGACGGGCGAGGAUUAGGAAGAUGGAGGGCCGGAUUGGUGAUCCGUGGAGGGGGAGUAGGGUGGGGAGGGGGUAGUUGUACUUGUUCGGAUCUGAUCCUCAGACCACCUAAAUCGGGUUUCCGUCACAAUUGGGAAAGUGGUGUAGAGAAGGGUAUAGGGAGGGAGGAAAGGGAAGAGAGAGAGAGGAGAGAAGGAAGAGGAGGGGAGAGAUAA